UGACUGUUCCCUCCUUCUCUUUUGGAAUAAUCUAUUUAAUAGAUGACUGCAAUGUGCACAAAUUUGGGGUUUAUGCCAGUUUUGUGAGGAGGAAUGGAAAUGGAACUGUGAGGAUGUGGAAAACAUGAUUUAAGAGCAUACUGAGAGAGCAGCAGUCUGCUAUAUCUGUGAUCUACAAUGAAUGCCAAAUCUGCAAUCAGUAAAGAAAUUUUUGCCCCACAUGAUGAAAGGAUGCUGGGAGCUGUCCAAGUGAAAAGAAGAACGAAAAAAAAGAUUCCUUUCUUAGCUACUGGGGGUCAGGGUGAAUAUUUAACAUACAUCUGCUUGUCAGUGACUAACAAGAAACCAGCUCAAGCAUCUAUUACAAAGGUGAAGCAAUUUGAAGGCUCUACAUCUUUUGUCAGGAGAACGCAAUGGAUGCUCGAGCAGCUUCGACAGGUCAAUGGGAUAGACCCUAAUCGGGAUUCUCCAGAAUUUGAUCUACUAUUUGAAAACGCUUUUGACCAAUGGGUAGCAAGUACAGCUUCAGAAAAAUGCACCUUCUUUCAGGUUCUACAUCACACUUGUCAGCGAUAUCUUACAGACAAGAAGCCAGAAUUUAUCAACUGCCAGUCUAAAAUUAUGGGAGGAAACAGCAUACUCCAUUCAGCAGCAGACAGUGUGACAAGUGCAGUACAGAAGGCAAGUCAAGCUUUGAAUGAGCGUGGUGAAAGGCUAGGUCGAGCAGAAGAAAAGACAGAGGAGCUGAAGAACAGUGCUCAGCAGUUCGCAGAAACUGCACACAAGCUUGCCAUGAAGCACAAAUGCUGAGAUACUGCCCAAAGUUGAAAUCUUCCCGAGAGAAACUGAAAAGGCUACUUUCGGCAACUUUUACAGGAGAUCCAGACUUCUGUGUGCUUUUUUUCUUCCAGUUCAGUGGAGAUGCAUUCUUUCAGUUCCUGUGCAGGGAAAAGUGUUGCAUUUCUAACUUUUUGACUUUUGUUCCUCUUUUGUAAUAUUGCUACACAGUCCUGCAGUACUUUCUACCUGUAUUUAAGUUGUUACAGGAGUGAAAGCAAACAGGGGAACUGGACCAAAUGACCAGCUGAUCAGGAUUAAAAUAGUAAUAUUCUUCCCCAGUUGUACAGAAAAUUAUUUAACUGGUUGUGGACAUAUGUGUGGAAAUAAAAUCCAAAGAAGGGGUAUACUUUUCUUAUGUAGCAUCAGCAGAGUGUGAAUGUUGGAACUAAACACACGGGGUUGUGACUGUAGUGGAGAACAGACUGCUUUGCCCUGGGAAACAGAAAACCUUGUUUCUUCUGCCCAGUGUAGGAAGUUUUUCGUGUGCCGUCACCAGCAUUCAGAUGUGCAUAUCUGAAUUUCACAGGGGAAACUGUUACCAGUGCUGCAUUUUGAAUGUUCCUAUUUUCCCUUCUGGAUUGAUUAUUUGAAUAGUGUAGUGAAACCUACAGAACAUAUGCUUGAGGUUUCAAAAUUGAGGAAAAAUAAUUUUUACAUCUAUACACACGUCCCUCAAACACAGUCUAGAACUCAGCAGUCAGAUAUAAAGUAACAUUUCAUUUUAUUUUUACCUGUGAUUUUGUGGCUACGUGCCUGUGUAAAUGAGAAUGCAAAGGCCUGGGAAUAUGAGAAUGCACUUUUUUCCAAGUCAUUUGUUUUUUAUAAAGUCUACAGUAGGAAUUUUUGGUAACACUUCCAAAAUUAUCUGAUUAGAAUGACUUCUGUGUUAGCUAGCUGUCUGAUUUUUAAAAUAGAGGCUUUCAAAAAGCAUGUCUUGGUACAUUAGAAUCAUAAGUUCUAGUUUGGGGUCUCAAUUUUCAAUAUAUAUUAUCACUGGAAGGGUGACUCUACUUCAUUCUUUAUUCACUGUAUGCAAUAUGUGCAUUGUAUCCUCUUACAAAAAUAAGUAGGUUAUUCUUCACAGCUGUUUUCUUAACACUUUCUAAAUGUUCUAAUCCACUUCUAGAAUGAAGAAAAAAAGAAAAGAAAAUAUGCACUUUUAUUUUUUUGUUUAACUGUUAAGCUAGAAACAGAAAUCCUAGCCAAAGUUUCAGCCUUCAUCUUCUGAAGAUGCCUGCUCUUUUUUUUUUUUCUGCCUCAUCUUACCGUAGAGCCAGAAAGCUGGCAUUCUAUGAAUGUACUGUAGUUUUCAUUUUCAGUGUAGAAUAAGAUUUUUGCAUUAUUAAUGACACUUUAAGCAGUUUAAAAUCCUCAGAGCAAUGCUUGUAAGAGAGAUAAAAGCUUCUGUAGUAAUUGAGAAUAUCUUAGUUACUGCAAGCUGAAGUAACUGAAAAUCUCUUGGAAAUACCCAUUUUGUAAAAAGUUGCUUGGCUUUACAAAAACAUUUGCAUUUGAACUAGGAACACUGUCUAGUUAACUGAUUGCAUUCAAACUUUACAUCUGUUUUUUUCCUAUAAUUUAAACUGCUGUGUGUGAAGCUCUUCACUUAAUUUCACACUGGGAAUUGAGAGAAGGGGUAGAUUUUUCAUCUCCAUAGUACCAUACUAUCGGUUAGAUCUAUUUAGCAUCAGCUCUAACAGUUACUACAUCCAGCAUCGUCAGUUGAAAAGGAAUUGGGCCACAUCUGUUAUAAAUCACAACUGGCUUAUUAACAACCCAGGUUCUGAACACUCUGUUGAGCUGUGUCCAAUUCACGCUUACCCUGGAAAUGCAGCUUUCUGAGUGCUCUUGUAAUGACUAUGGGUAUUUCUGCAAGUUAACCAGGAAAACAGACCCUCAUUAGAAAUUAAUGAUAGAGAUAAAAUUGUUGGCUAUUUUUUAAAAAUAGCUGCAUUAGAAAUCAGUCAGGGGGUACAUUUUUGACCACGUAGCUGUCUUCUGUCAUCUUCUGUCAUCUUCUGCUGCUAACCUCACAAGUCCUUCUCUUGAAAGAAAGGAAUAGGUUUUGAACUGCUGCCAUCUAGCUGGUCUUCUGAGCUUGUCAAUAAUUUAGAAGAAAUGUCUAAAACCCAGAUCAGAUAAACCUGAAAAGAAUUAGUUAUCUAAAUUCAGAUAAAAAGGCAUAGAUUUUCAGGUGUUUACAUGAAUAUCAGCUGAACAGGACAAGGUUAGAGUUGCACUGCUAAGUUCCAGACCUUUUGUGAGUUGAACUUUCUAAUAUAUUACUUUAGUUCCACUGACAGUUUUUCAGAUUUUUUUUUUAUAUUCUCCAGUUAAUUGUAUUGUGUUAUGUAUCAUAACUCAGGACUUCUAUCCAACCAUCAAAAGCCAUUUACUAUGGAAAUUCUAAGUAACCUAGUGUUAUUGAAUGAAGGAAAAGCGGAUUGUCUGUGUUUACUUUGUUCUUGCUGUUUGUUAAACUACAAGAUUUGGUAGUUUUUAGAAAAAAUCAGAGAUGUAUAAAUGUCUAUCCAAAGGUAAAUCUUAGAGCAUUGCAAUUUCCUUCGGGAACUUAGCUUGUAGUGUAUACAACCUAGUAUUAUUAGAUAGUCAUGUACAUAACAUAAUACUAUAAUUCAGGUUAAUGUUUCAUAUGAAUGAAUGUAUUUGUAAAUUGUAACAACAUCAAUAGUUUCUUUAUCUUUUUAAAGUUCUGCAAAGAAUAAAAAUAAUGUAUUGUUAGACUUGACUACUGUACUGCAAACUGUCUUAAAAGGCUACUUUUGUGUCUAGCAAAAGUUGUGCAUUAUGUGAAAUAUCAACAAAAACAUGCUCUCUACAAAGUGAUCUUAAAGGUAGGUAGGUUUUGCUAUGAUAUGCCAGAAUUGUAAUACUUACUGGUAUCUAUUGUAACCGAUUUCUUGAAAGUUCUCAAAGAUGUAGAAAUUAUUUUGUGCCAUUCUGGGGAAAAAAGUGGGACCUGCUCUCUUGAGUCGUUACUGGAAAUCCUGAUUUUGUCAUUAAAUACUUUAACUGUGAUGAAAAGAAAA